AUGGCAGAUUUCACAGAUUACGGGAUCCCGAGCACUGAGUGGGUCGCCAUUGCAGCGGAUCUCCCUUCCUUCGACAAGAGUGUUUCUCUCGAGAGCCUCAAGGCCAGCACGAAUCGCGGGAGAGAAGAAGCUGCUCGUAAGGACCUUGCACCGAUCGCUUCACAAGUGGUGCUCACGAACCACACCAUCCCUGCUCGAGACGGUCAUGCCAUUGAAGCCCGGACCUACCGACCAUCGUCGGCGCCCGCAGAGAUUCAAUUGCCCGUGUACAUUCACUUUCACGGCGGAGGAUUCUUCUUCGGCACGCUCGACUCGGAGGACGCCAUCUGCGCGCGGAUAGCCAUCAACACGGGGGUGGCGGUCUUGAACGUCAACUACCGCCACACACCAGAGUAUGGCUAUCCCACGGCCUGGAACGACGCCGAAGACGCCCUGGACUGGACCAAGGCGCACGCGGCGGAGAUUGGUGUCCGACCAGACCGCAUCGUCGUCGGCGGGAUAUCGGCCGGAGCGUGGCUUUCCGCGGCGCUCACCAUGAAGCGGUCUGGAGCUCAAAGUCGAAGUCAAGCCCUCGGCGGCGAGCGUGUCGACAUCGUUGGACAGGUCCUCAUGAUCCCUGCGCUCGCGUACGCAGGCCAACAGUGCGACCACGGGUCUCGAACGGCAUUGCUGAAGAGUCCCGAGGUGUCCUCGUACAAGCAGAACGAGUUCGCGCCCAUCUUGCCCGUGGAGCGGAUCAACCAGUUCAAUUCUCUCUUGAGGGUCGCGGAUCCCGACCCCGAGGAUCGAAGGCUCAACCCGGGUAAUGCGCGCCCGGAGGAGGUGAAACUUCUCCCGCCGACCACGCUCGGCGUCGCAGGCCAUGAUCCGCUGAGGGACGAGGGGCUGCUGUUUGGAAAGAUGUUGGCCGACAACGGCGUGCCUACGAACAUCCACGUCUUCAAGGGAGUGCCUCAUGGCUUUCGACGGUUUGGAGACAAGCUCUCGGCGUCGGCGGCGUGGGACCAGGUCAUGGAGGAGGGCAUCGCAUGGAGUCUGAGCAGGCCAUCGGCGUCUGGAGUCUUCAAUGUCCAAGAGCAUUGA